CUGCGUUUACUUUGCCGGUUGAGGCGCCUGAAUUGAGGAACUAGAGCCGUACAGACGCGCUCCGGAAGGGGCCGCUCGGUACCUUUGGAGAGGUGAUCGGAUGGUGCUUGGGUCAUAUUCCACAUCUUUUACCACGACGCAGGACCCGCUAAUGUAUAUCUAUGAACUUCUACUGCCAGUUUGGGAACCUUUCUGAUCUACUCCAGCAAAAUCAUUUGCUAUCCUGACUAUGUUUGCUUGUCUUUGUGACUUUGCUGGUGGAUCCCAAGUGAAUCAGUCUGAACCACACGGAGUCCAGCCAUGUCAGAAGGAAGCCGAGAGUGCUGGAAGCAGUGUUGCAGGACAACUGCAAAGCGAUUGCCCGUGCUAGGCUGGCUACCCAAAUAUUCUCUGCGAUGGCUGCAGCUGGAUCUUGUGGCGGGGCUGACCGUGGGGCUGACCGUCGUGCCACAAGCUCUUGCUUAUGCCGAGGUGGCUGGUCUCCCCAUGCAGUAUGGUCUGUAUUCUUCCUUCAUGGGUUGUUUCAUCUACUGCCUUUUGGGGACCUCGAAAGAUGUAACGCUUGGCCCCACGGCCAUCAUGUCCCUUUUGGUUUCUUCCUAUGCAUUCCAUGAGCCCGCCUUGGCUGUUCUACUCACCUUUCUUUCAGGUUGCAUCCAGUUAGUUAUGGGACUCCUCCAACUUGGUUUCAUUUUGGAUUUUAUCUCGCAUCCUGUCAUUAAAGGAUUUACUUCAGCUGCUGCAGUCACCAUUGGCUUCAACCAAGUCAAGACACUUCUGGGUCUGCACAACAUUCCACAGCAGUUUGUCCUACAGGUAUAUUAUACCUUCUGCAGAAUUAAUGAGACAAGGGCUGGAGAUGCCAUCCUUGGGGUGUCCUGCCUAACAGUGCUUAUGGUCCUGCAACAAAUGAAAAAAGGCAUCCCCAGGACCCAUCUACUGGAAGUCUUGCCUGUCAGGAUCAGCCGGCAUAUAAUUUGGAUAACAGCUACAGCCCGUAACGCUCUUGUGGUUCUCUUUGCUGGUCUUGUGGCCUAUGCUUUCCAAAUGACUGGCUCCCAGCCUUUCAGCCUCACAGGAACAAUUCCCCAGGGACUCCCUCCGCUCCAGCCACCACCGUUCUCCAUCAUCGUAUCCAAUCAUACUCUCUACUUUGGGGAGAUGGUCCAGGCCAUUGGACCUGGCUUGGCGGUGGUGCCACUCAUGGGACUGCUGGAGACAGUUGCUAUUGCCAAAGCAUUUGCCUCUCAAAAUAACUACCAGAUUGAUCCCAACCAGGAGCUGCUAGCCAUGGGUUUUACCAACCUGUUGGGAUCCUUCGUCUCAUCCUAUCCAGUCACGGGUAGUUUUGGCCGGACAGCAGUGAAUGCUCAGACUGGUGUAUGCACUCCUGCUGGAGGACUAAUUACAGGGGCCUUAGUACUCUUAUCCCUGGCCUAUCUUACAUCCCUCUUUUACUACAUUCCCAAGGCAGCGCUGGCAGCAGUCAUCAUCUGUGCUGUGGCUCCAAUGUUUGAUGCCAGGAUCUUCCGCACAUUAUGGCAGGUUAAAAGGCUAGACCUGGUGCCUCUUUGUGUGACGUUCUUUCUUUGUUUCUGGGAAGUGCAGUAUGGCAUCAUAGCAGGGGUGAUGGUUUCUGGAAUCCUCCUGCUCUACCCCGUUGCCAGGCCUCGGAUAAAGGUUGUGAUGGAUGAGGCAAUAGUCAUAAAGCCUGAGAAUGGCCUUCAGUUCCCAGCAAUUGAGUUCCUCCGGAAUAUUGUACACAAGCAAGCUCUAUCAGAGCCUCAGCAACGCAGUGUCAUCCUGGACUGCAGCCACAUCAGCAGCAUUGACUAUACUGUGGUAUUGGGUCUGUCUGAACUUCUGCAGGAAUUCCAGCACCAAGAACUCCGCUUCAUCUUCACUGGCUUGCAGGCUCACGUGCUUGAAGUCUUGCUGGCUGCUGACCUGGAAGGUUUCCGCAAUUUUUCCACCCUAAAUGAUGCAGAAAAAGGUCUUGGAGAAUUGCACAUCGCCAUUGGAGGCAUGCUAGGUGACAACAGCAGUGUACUAACUACAACUGGGAUCAUCCAGUGAAAGAAGAGAACUCAUUAAUGACUGUGUCCAUCCAAGAAGAGAACCUCAGACUGGAGGAUCAAGCUUUGGGCCCAUAGGGUGGCAUAACAGAGUCUGAGCCAAGACUGCAGCCACUCUAUGAUUUAUGUGCAGUGUUACACAUCUCAGUUGGAAUUCAGAAAUUGCUAGCACUUUGGAAUUUUUUUAAUAGGAAGAAUGAGGAACUUCAACUCAACAAAUAAAGAUACAAACAAACAGCUGAAAAUCAUAUCUUCUUUCAGCACUCUAGGAAAAACUUGUAAAACCAGUGUGGAUUAAAUACUUCUAUGACUGUGGUUUAUAA